UGGAAGGAAGAUGGCGGCGUUGGCUUCGGAGCUAAUGCUUUUGAGCGACUCAGGCCGCUUCCGCGCGGAUAAUUUGCUUAGCAGCGAGGACUGGGAUACGGGCCUUUACAGCUGCCUGGAGGAUGACAGAGAUGUGGCAGCGGAACUUUUCCCCUGUCUGGAACGCAGUGUUGUGGGUGCUGAGGGAGAUCAUUGCCUGUUCAGUGAUGGGUUUGAUCUGGACAUGGAAACGACUCCCCCAGACCCUCCUUGGGACCCACUGCAUGACACCCUCUUUCCAGAGCUGCAGGUAAAGUCUGAGCCAGUCUCCCCAGCCUCAUCUCAUUGCUCUGAUUCGUCUGCUGUAUCUUCCUCCUCCUCUUCUUCCUCAUCUGCUGAUUUACCGGGGCAGGCCCAUAGCCCCGCUGAUGUGGUUGGGGUGAAGACAGAGAACCCUCCUACCCCACCAUGCAUGUUUGGAGAUGUCCUUUCACCUCCCUUUGGCACUGUACACAUCAAUGUUGUCCCAGCACCCGACACAGGGAAAGCCGUGGCCCCCAACAAAGCAGAGAACAUUCUCAGCCGAAAGCCCCCCAUUCAGCCUAAGCCAGUUGUGGUAACCACUGUGCCAGUACAGCCAGCAGCUGCUGCCAGCAAGACUAUCUUACUGCAGCCUGUCCCUGUAACCCAGUCGCAGACGAUCAACCCUGGGAUUGCAGUGAUUUCCCAGUCUGAUCUGCUGCACCUCCCAGUGUCUGGCCUUAUCAAGGUGCAGUCCCCUGUGAAGGAAGGUCUCCCAGCAAAGCCAGCUCCUUCCGUCCCCAAGCCGGAAGCCAAAACCAUUGUUCCGGCACCAACGCAAAUAGGUUCCUGCAGCCCAGAGAUUGAUAUUAAAGUGUUGAAAAGGCAGCAGCGAAUGAUUAAGAACCGCGAGUCGGCUUGCCAGUCACGGAGGAAAAAGAAGGAAUACUUGCAGGGGCUGGAGGCCCGGCUGCGGGAGGCCCUGGCAGAUAACGAGAGGCUGCGGCGGGAGAAUGCGCUCCUCCGAAGGCGGCUGGACUGUGUCCUCAAUGAGAAUGGAGAACUGAAAUUUGGCUCUGGGAACCGGAAAGUUAUCUGCGUCAUGGUGGUGCUGCUUUUCAUAGCCUUCAAUUUUGGGCCCGUCAGCAUCAGCGAGCGAAAAGUAGCAGAUGUUGACCCACCCAGGAAGGAAGUGGAGGUUGGUCCUAGCCAGAGGCACCUUCUAGGCAUCACAGAGGAGUCUCUGGAAUUUGCAGAGGAGGAGCUGCCUGAGCAGCAAGAGGAGACCCCGGCCAGGCCUGGAAAGACACAGUUCCGGAACUUGUCUGCGCCCUUCUCUGACAUGAAGGACCUUAUGCUGAGGGACUUGGACAAGCUGUUCCUUGCUUCCGAUUGCCGCCAGUUCAAUCGCACUGAGUCGCUCAGGCUGGCAGAUGAGCUUAGCGGGUGGGUCCGAAGGCAUCAGAUCAAUGGGAGGAAGCCCUCGCAGUCACGAAAAGCAGCACAAGCCAGCCAGGGGAAAAGCAAGGAAAGGAAGCCCCUGAACCCUUCCCACUACGUCCCUGCCAGCCCCCCCAGGCACACUGAGAGGGAUCCCCUGAGCCAGCUACAGGUGUAUCAGCAUCCUGACCACAAGGAGCAUGAUUUCAUGGAUGCCAUUGAUCGGCGAGAGGAUACCUUCUACGUGGUGUCGUUCCGCAGGGAUCAUUUACUGCUCCCUGCCAUCAGCCACAACAAAACCUCUCGUCCAAAGAUGUCACUGGUGAUGCCAGCCAUGGCCCUCAAUGAAAGCCUGUACAAUUCCUCGCUGGGCUACGAGGUGAUGAUGCAGAUUGACUGUGAGGUUAUGGACACUCGCGUCAUCCACAUCAAGAGCUCUACGGUGCCCCCCUUCCUGAGACGCCAGGAUGCCACCCCCGAUAACCGCACUCAACCUUCCCCUCCGGCCUUUUCUGGACGAAUGACCCGCGCAGCUUUGCGGUCCCAUCGCCCCACCUUGUCCUCCUCAACCAGGCGGCAACCCCAUCGCACCCUGUACCUGGGGGAUCACGCCGGGGGCUAGCUCAGCCCUCCAAGGGAACAGUGAAGAGAACUGUGACUAAAAUGAGAGAGCCCUACAGCCCUUCAGAUGGUGCCCCGUCCUGCUGGGGAAAGGGGCACAUCCACUCAGUGGAACUUUGCUUGUGUGAGAGAUGGGCAUAUCCAUUCAUGCAAGCAUCCAUUGCAUGGGAUGGCGGGAUCGAUUUCCUCAGAGACAUGUCUGUCUUCCCCAUCCUUUACCACCGCCACCCCUUUCUUGGGAAACUGCAUACCUAAUUUGCUGCUGUCUCCGGGAUGGUCAGUGAGGGUUUUCUCCUGCAGUUAGGUGCCCUUCCCUUAACUAGGAUGUGGCCCCAGUGCCAUGCUGAAGAGAGAAUCUGUGUCUUUACUGUCCUCUGGUGGCUGAGACAGAGCUGUGCAUUUGAAGGAGGGUGAGGGGAGAGGGCUGUUUUAUACUGCUGUUUGCAAUCUGUGUUUGUGUGUCUGUGUGUAUCUGUGUGUGAGAGAGAAUUAGAGGGAGCAGAGUUCCCUCUCCAUACUUAAUACAAAGAGGGGUGUGCUCAUGUACACAUGCUGCCCUUCCCAGGCCCCGAGUCGCUUUGAUCGCACUUAGACCUGCCCCUUGGAGGUUCUUUUGGGUUUUUCCCUAAUUCUUUUUUAAAAAAAAAAUAAAUAGAGCUACAAAUAAAACAGAGAUGGGAUCCCAACCUUCUUGUCUAUCCUUUUUGUUUUGGCAUUGCAAACAUCAUAAAAGGAGACGUUCGGUACAGGUAAACAAGAGUUGUGCUCAGUUAAAAUGGGUAGCCAGCAGCAGCUGGAAGAAACGUCACCUGCACCAUUAAUCUGUGGUCAGGCCCACUGUUACAAAAAGUAAUAAUAAACCCAAACCCAUUUGGGGAAGGAAAGAAUCCACAAUGAAUGUGGUUUUCUUAAGAUUGCUUCCUCUCUUAGGGGAGGGGGCAGUGUCUUGUGUUACAUCCUCUACCUGCUAAAUUUUUACCCAGCCUUCCUUCCAAGGAACUCAAGGCAGAAUACAUUCGUUCUCCAUCAUUUUAAUCCUGUGGGGGGAGUUCAAGUUGAGAAGGAGAGAGGCCAAGUGGCCCAAGGUCUCCUUGUGAGCUUCCAUGACAGAGUUGGAACUGGAUCCUGUCUCGAACCCUAGUCCAAGAUUUUAACUGCUACAGUGCACAGGCUGCCAGGUUCAGUUGAGACCUUGGAGAGCUGUUGUGUUUUGGGAUGGACGGUGGUUGAGUAGCUGGACCCGUGGUCUGACUCGGCAUAGGCAACUUCAUCCUUGGCUCAAAGUAGAGGUUCUAUUCUUCCACUGUGUCUGGAGGACAAAGAACUUGGCUGUUGUUUCCAUGCCCUGGUCGUGGGGCUUCUUCAAGGCACCUGCUUGGCUGUGAUUGGGAACAGAGUGUUGCUGGAUCUGAUCCCGCAAGCCUUUGCUUAAGCUUUGGUCUGUGAAUCUCAACAGGGCUUGAGCUGUGAAUCUGAAAAUGGGUGAGCUGCUAAGGUUGGACUAGUCCAGUCUCCUGACGUGAGGUGGAAUGUCCUACAUAAGUAGAAUGUAGUGUGAAAUUAGAGAUAUUGGCAAACUCGUUGCUAUGGAGUUCAAUUGAUUUAUUACCUCCUAUGUUUUAUGGCCUCUUCCAGUAACAUGAAGCCCUCUCAGUUUGAGUCUGCUAUACCUGCUGGCAGCUUAUACCAUAUGUUGGUAUGACUGGGUCUUAAAAGCCUGUCCUGAAGAAUUUCCUUGUUUCCUCCUCUCGAUUUAAAAAUAAAGUUUUAAUGGCA